GAGGAUAUGGCAGCAACAACAACAACAAUGGCUACGGGCGUGGGCGCGGUCGAUUUGAUGGCGAAUGCCACUUUUGCCACAAGACCGGCCACAUGUGGAGAGAUUGCUACAGAUUGCCUGAUGGAUGGACCCCUUCUCAAGGCCAAGAGGGCAGAGGAGCAAGGGGAGGAAGAGGCAGAGGUCGUGGAGGCCGUGGUGGUCGUGGAAGCGAAGCGGCAUGCAUGAAAGGUGGAGACUACGAGACGGGCCCGAGUGAAGAUCGAUACCCAGGCCAAUUCUUCUUUGUCUCCACGCAAGCGGCAGCUGCAGCAGGAGGUGUGGAAGGCUUUGAGGAGCCAGCUACUGUGGGAAAGGUCACCCUUCACUCUCUGGACUUUUGGGUGAUCGAUAGCGGCGCCACCUAUAGCAUGACACCUCGUGCGGACUUGCUCACCGAACUCGAACCGUCGCCGGUCAAGCAUGUCACAUCGGCUUUGGGGCAGCGAGCAGAGGUGAAAGGCAUGGGCAAGGCCAUGUUCAAGGGUGCUGAUGGGAAGAUGGUGGGCCUCAAGAACGUGCUUUGGGUGCCCAACCUUGCAGCCAACCUGAUUUCUGUGCGGCAUUUGCAAAAGGCCGGCAUGGACACAUCUUCCAAGGGAUCCAAAACUUAUACCGCGCGGCUUGGUGAGCGGAAGCUUUGGGACCUUCAUGAGGACAGGGACAUCUACAAUGAAAUGUGGCAAAUCCCAGUGGUCCCCAUGCCUAAGGAGAGGCAAGUGGCAGCAAGCAUCAGCACCAAGAGUGAAGCGGUUGGUGGCGGUGAUCACGGAAAGCAAAGUGACACCAAGAGUGACUCGAACGAGUGCAAUCUUGGAGAGACCAGCAAGGCAUGUGAAUCCAAGGAGAGUGGUGCAGCAGCCAAAGGUGGUGGAAAUGAGGAGGAGAAUCAUAAGAUCAGCAAAACAGCAGCGGCGAAGGAGAAAGGAGAGAGCUUGUGGGGCACAAUUGCGAGUGCCGCUUUCUCCAACCCGACCUCCGCUACGGGAGAGUGUGAUUGGCUGACCUUGCAUCGGCGAAUGGGGCAUGUGGCAUUGCCCAUUUUGCAGCAGAUAGUCAAGCAAGACAUGGUCAGUGGGAUACGUGUCAAGGGGGAGCCCAAUGAGGUGCUUGGCUGUCCAACAUGCAUGCAAGCCAAGUUCACCCGCUACCCGUUCCAUAGCUCGGAGACAACGGCGAAGGCACCACUUGAUGAGGUGGUGAUGGAUGUGGUGGGUCCCUUGAAGCUUGGAGCUGCUGGAGCUGAGUACUUCCUCACCAUUGUGGACGUCUACACUCGCAUGACUUGGGUAUAUGUGCUGCCCAAGAAGAGUGACGUGGCUGAAACGGUGAAGACCGAUUGGUUGCCGAUGGUGGAGCGGCAACAAGACCGACUUGUGAAGGCGAUUCGCACUGACCGUGGGGGAGAGUUCCUGAGCAAGAACUUCUCAACUUGGCUGAAGAAGCAGGGCAUAAGGCACUCUCUUACCAUGCCCUACUCUCCUGCAAUGAACGGCAUUGCCGAGCGUGCGAAUCGGACACUCACGGAGACGGCUCGGGGACUUCUCAUUGAAGCCGGUCUUCCCAAUUACUUUUGGCCGGAUGCGGUGCGGCAUGCUUGUGUGGCCAAGAACAGAGCCUUGACUCACGUGGGAGAAGACAAAUGGGUGCCCUAUGUGGAGUGGAUUGGAAGGAAGCCGAAGGUGGAUAUGCUUCGGGUGUUCGGGUGCAUGUGCAUGGCACUUGUGCCUAAGAAACUUCGGCACAACAAGCUUGAUGCCAAGGCAACAUGGGCCGUGCACUUGGGCAUGGCUCAAAACAGCAAGGGAUGGCUUCUUUGGGACCCAUUUACCAAGAAGUUCCUGGUGAGCAGAGAUUGCAAGUUCAUGGAGAACUUACCGUACAAGGAGUGGAAGGCGGAGAACCAAGCGAAGAUUGGUGUGCGGCUUGGAGAGGUGAAGAGUACCGGCUUGGAGCAUGUGGAGCUGCCCUUGGAGCUGAGUAGCAGCAGCACUAUCACAAGGCAAUCUCCUCAAAUGAAUGGGGGAGAAGAGGAGGAGGAGGUGCAGCAAGGUGAUGAGCGUACACCGUCACUUCCGCCUCGUGCUACAAGUGCUCGCGGGAACCGAGCAGAUUUGCAGCAACGCCAUGAGAGCAUCCAAGUCCCUGCAGUAGAGGAGGAAGGAAGGGGGAGAAGGAGGACUCAGCCCCCCAAUAGGUUGAGCUAUGAACGGCUUGGAGGAGCAGCCAACUCAACCUUGACCGGUUCGGCUCUCAUGCUAGGCGAUGAAGCGGAAGAUGAAAGCGAGGAGUGCGCUUUUGCCUUCUUCUCUCCGGUGGAGAUACCGGGGGAGCCUACAAAUCCCAAGGAGGCUUGGGAGGGCCCCAAUGGGAAGGAGUGGAAGAAGGCCUCAGAUGAAGAGAUGGGGAGCAUCAUCGAGAACGACACGUUUGACUUGGUGAACCUACCCCCGGGGCGUAAGGCGAUCUCUUCCAAGUGGCUCUUCAAGCGCAAGACCGACGCCGACGGCAACAUUGAGCGCUACAAGAGCAGACUUGUAGCCAAGGGGUACCAGCAGCAGGAGAAGAAGGACUACAAUGAAGUAUAUGCUCCUGUGGUAAAGGGUACAACCCUUCGAACCCUCUUCGCCGCGGCGGCCAUCAAAGGAUGGGUGGUGAAGCAAAUGGAUAUCGUAACGGCCUUCCUCAACGGAGUUUUGGAGGAAGAGACCUACAUGGAGCAGCCAGAGGGGUACAAUGAUGGGAGUGGCAGAGUGUGGAAGCUGAAGAAAGCACUCUAUGGCCUCAAGCAAGCCCCUAGGCAAUGGUACAUCAAGCUGCGGGAAGUCUUGGAGGCGAUCGGUUUCACUCCCUCAACGGCCGAUCAAUCAUUGUUCAUGCUUGGCGAGGGGGAGCAGAGGAGCUUCAUGGUGGUUUAUGUGGAUGACAUCCUCAUAUUCUCACCCUCCUCUGACCUUGUGAAGGAGGUGAUGCUGAAGCUUCAAGACAAGUUCAAGUGCAAGACCCUUGGUGACGUCAACUACUACCUUGGGCUUCACAUUGAGCGAGAUGUGGAGAAGCGGUGGAUGCGAGUGCAUCAAAAGAAGUACUUGGAGGCCUUGGCUGCAAACUUUGGAAAGAGUGAAGGUCAUGUGGCUACUCCUCUUCCCUCAGGGUUCAAGUGUGUGAAAGGACCAGCAGAGGAAAGUGUUGGUGAAGAGGAGAGGCGCCGUUUUCAUUCCUUGGUGGGCAGCCUCAUGUAUGCGGCCGUUCACACAAGGCCGGAUGCAGCCUUUGCUACCGGACAGCUAGCUAGGGUUGUCCAAUGCCCUAAUGAAGAGCAGGUAGCAGCUGGAGAGAGGGUGGCCAAGUACCUUGGCCAAACAGCAACUGUUGGACUGCAAUACUCCGCGGCGGCACAAAGGCGUCAAAAGGGUGCGGAUGGAGUCGAACCCGGGAGGCUCUUUCUCACCGCCUUCUCUGAUGCAUCUUGGGCAUCAGAACCAGAGGACAUGACAAGUGUGGGAGGCUUCAUCUGCUGUGUUGGUGGAGGACCAACAGCUUGGGAGAGCAAGAAACAAGUGGACCAAGCAUUGAGCUCGGUGGAGUCCGAGUACAUGGCACUCUUCCGUGCCAUAAGAGAGGUUGUGUGGCAGCGGCGUUUGCUAGCUGAAUUGGGGGAGGAGCAGCAAGGACCUACCCCCCUCUACUGUGAUAGCCAGGGUGCUAUUGCAUUGGCUAAGAACCCCGUUCUUCAUGGCCUUACCAAGCACAUGAAGGUGAAGUGGCAUUGGGUGAGGAGCAUGGUAACCGCGGGUGAAGUGGAGUUGCACUACGUGAAGACGACGGCGCAGCCGGCUGAUAUGAUGACCAAGAGGCUGGUUGAGCAGCAGCAUUGGAAGUGUUGCAAGCUUGCUGGGAUGGCUCUGAACUAAGGGGAGCAGAUUCUAAGGCCAACAAUCCGAGGGGGAGUUUGUUGGUGCAACCCUAUGGCUUGCACUCGGCUUGUCGUCCGUGUUUGUGUGUGUGCAUGCAUGGCAUGGAAUGACUUGUGAGUCUAUGUCAUUGCUAUCUAGUGCUUGUGUGUGUGUUUGAAUGGU